AUGAAGAAAGGAUUCCUCCUGUCCCCUCUCACUUUUCAUGUUAAGAAAAUCUCUGCGGCCGCUCUGCAAACAAAUACAAUCACAAACACCACGGAGAUGGGCGACAUGGCCCGAAGCAUCCACGGCUUUUGGGUCCUGUGUGAAUUGUGGCUUGAGACAUCUAAGAUUAGAGAGUUGUAUCAAAAAAUGGUAUUGCAGAGAUAUGAUGCAAGCAAACACAAGCAUUAA